CGGGCGGAAGUGAUGCUACUGUCACUGGCUCCCCGGGCUCCCGGGAAGCCGCGAGUUUCCGCAGGCGGGCGGCGGCAGCAGCUGCGGCCGAGCGGGUCUGCAGUCUGUGCUCAGAGCCAGCACCACUCAGUGAAAGUGAUGCCUUUUCUCCAUUUGCACAAAAUGAGUGUGAGGUGGUCAGCCAGACCAGGAGCUCACCCUCACACAGAGUCCAGCCUUCUGCUCUGAUGCCGAAGGGGAGGCAGAAAGUGCCACACUUGGAUGCCCCCCCGGGCCUGCCCACCUGCCUCUGGCUGGAGUUAGCCGGGCUCUUCUUCCUGGUUCCCUGGGUCAUGGGCCUGGCAGGGGCCGAUGGGCCUAGAGCCCAGGGUCUGGGGGGGCUAAGCUGGGCCGUGCAUCUGGACAGCCUGGGAGGGGAGGAAGAGACCCUGCAGCAGCAGGCAGACGCCUUGGCCCAGGCGGCGGGACUGCUGAAUGCUGGGCGCGUCGGGGAGCUCCGCGGCUACUACCUCUUCGUCCAGCCGGCUGGGCCGCAGCAGGCGGAGGCCGCCCGGCAGCAGGCGGAAACCGUGUUAUCCGGGCACGAAGCUGUGCGCUGGCACUCGGAGCAGAGGCUGCUCAAGCGGGCCAAGCGCAGCGUCCACUUCAAUGACCCCAAGUACCCACAGCAGUGGCACCUGAAUAACCGGCGGAGCCCCGGCAGGGACAUCAACGUGACAGGUGUGUGGGAACGCAAUGUAACCGGGCGAGGGGUCACUGUGGUGGUCGUGGAUGACGGAGUGGAGCACACCAUCCAGGACAUCGCACCCAACUAUAGCCCCGAGGGCAGCUAUGAUCUCAACUCCAACGACCCUGACCCUAUGCCACACCCAGACGUGGAGAACGGCAAUCACCACGGCACGAGGUGUGCGGGCGAGAUCGCCGCAGUGCCCAACAACAGCUUCUGUGCCGUGGGAGUGGCGUAUGGGAGCCGCAUAGCAGGUAUCCGGGUGCUGGAUGGACCCCUCACAGACAGCAUGGAGGCUGUGGCGUUCAACAAACACUAUCAGAUCAACGACAUCUACAGCUGCAGCUGGGGACCAGAUGAUGAUGGGAAGACAGUGGAUGGCCCCCAUCAGCUUGGAAAGGCUGCCUUGCAACAUGGGGUGAUUGCUGGCCGCCGGGGCUUUGGGAGCAUCUUUGUGGUAGCCAGCGGGAACGGUGGCCAGCACAACGACAACUGCAACUAUGAUGGCUAUGCCAACUCUAUCUACACCGUCACCAUAGGUGCCGUGGACGAGGAGGGCCGGAUGCCUUUCUACGCGGAAGAGUGUGCCUCCAUGCUGGCGGUCACCUUCAGUGGUGGGGACAAGAUGCUCCGGAGCAUCGUGACCACUGACUGGGACCUUCAGAAGGGCACAGGCUGCACCGAGGGCCACACAGGGACCUCGGCCGCAGCCCCUCUGGCGGCAGGCAUGAUAGCCCUGAUGCUACAGGUGCGGCCCUGUCUCACCUGGCGUGACGUCCAGCACAUCGUUGUCUUCACAGCCACCCAGUAUGAGGAUCGCCGUGCAGAUUGGGUCACCAACGAGGCAGGCUUCAGCCACAGCCACCAGCAUGGAUUCGGCCUGCUCAAUGCUUGGAGACUCGUUAAUGCAGCCAAGAUCUGGACCUCGGUCCCUUACUUAGCUUCCUAUGUCAGCCCUGUGUUAAAAGAGAACAAGGCUAUCCCGCUGGCCCCCCGCACACUGGAGGUCCUAUGGAAUGUCAGCAGGAUGGACCUGGAGAUGUCGGGGCUGAGGACCCUAGAGCACGUGGCCGUGACCGUCUCCAUCAGUCAUCCACGACGCGGCAGCUUGGAACUCAAACUGUUUUGCCCCAGUGGCAUGAUGUCCCUCAUCGGCGCCCCCCGCAGCAUGGACUCAGAUCCCAAUGGCUUCAAUGACUGGACCUUCUCCACUGUGCGAUGCUGGGGGGAGAGAGCGAAGGGGACUUACAGACUUGUUAUCAGGGAUGUGGGAGACGAGACGCCCCAGGCCGGCACCCUCCAACAGUGGCAGCUGACCCUGUAUGGCUCUGUGUGGAGUCCAGUAGACAUCAGGGACAGACAGCGACUGUUAGAAAGUGCCAUGAGUGGAAAAUACCUGCAUGAUGGCUUCACUCUGCCCUGUCCUCCUGGGCUGAAAAUCCCUGAGGAAGAUGGUUACACCAUCACCCCUAACACCCUCAAGGUACGAGGGCCGAGCCUCCAGCUCCAGACUCUGGUGCUGGUAGGCAGUUUUACCAUCUUCUGGACCGUUUACUACAUGCUGGAAAUAUACCUGAGCCAGAGGAAUGUGGCCUCCCACCGCGUUUGUAGGAGCGGACCCUGCCACUGGCCCCAACGAAGCCAAAAAGCCAGGGAGGAGGGGACAGAACUGGAAUCGGUGCCACUCUGCAACAGCAAAGAUCCAGAUGGAGUGGAGACAGAAAGUGAGCGCCCUGCCACCACCUCUGGUCCCCUUGUCCCGGACCUGUUGGAUCAAGGGGACUGGGGCCUGUCCCAGGACAGGAAGGCCCUGGACCACCCUCAUCAUCAGCUACCCCCAGACCUGUUGCAGGGGAAAGAGGAGCAGAUUUGCUGACCCAGGGCCCAGCAGACUCAACAUGGGCCAGGCUCUUCCUUCCCCGAGCCAGGGAAGCUGGGAAAGCUGCUCCGAAGUCCCAGGAACUCUGGGGAGAAGGCGGCCCUGACGCUAACAUGGGGAAUCCACAGGCCUCAAGAGCUCCCUGUGACUACAUUCAGGGAGGGCGAGGGACUUCUCAAGGUGCAGUGACAGAGGAAUGGUGCCAGAGAACAGUGUGGCCAUAGCCUCAAGAUCUUCCUCCUCCUGAAAGCUUUUGGUGAGAAGGUCUGGGACAAAGGCUCGGCCCCUCCCGUUUGUCAGGCCUGCUUCCUCAUUUCUCCUGGGCAGGCCGGUGAUGUGGGUCACAGGGACCCUCACCCAUGUGGUGGGGCGGUGCCCACCAGGCCAGAAGAGCCUCUCAGUGGAAACAUCACUGGGGUCACUUAGGAAGAGGGCUCAGGGUGAAGGCUGGGAAGAGCCCCUGCAUAUAUGCCUGUCCUUUUGAUGACCCAGGACCUAGAAACCACAGUCCCCUCCUCUCCCUCCCUCACCUUCCUGCCUACGCCUGGAACUUAGGACAUACAGGUAUGGCAGUCGGCCCUCAGCCCAGCCACACUCGCCCUGAAAGCAGCUGCCUCCAUUAGCCCUGAUCAGAAGCCAACCUUGAACAUACCCCUGACUCCUUCACCACCGCCCCCCACCCUCCGUCCUGAGGGAUCGGUACGAUGCUCCUGGCACGGCUCCCCAGGGCCCGCGCUGCCUCACUACGGUAGUCUGCAGCAGGACUGUGACGGGGCUCGGCCACUGCCACUCCAGCCCUGCGACCGCCCUGUCUUCCUCUGCAAAGUGCUCAGGGAAAUGGCCUUACCCGCUGGAGGCCCGCCGUCUGCCUGACAGGCUGUGAGUCCUCCCACCAUUACUGGCCUCCUCCCCUCUUCUGAGCUAGUUUGGUUGAUCUAAGUUUUUUUUAACGCUUAAGAUUUGGGUUUGUCUUUUCACAGCAACAUUUGGUUGAAUGUUUUUCUGCACAGCUUUUCCAAAAUAAAAACCUUCCACGCAACUCUGCCCUCCCCAGCUCCUUUCAUCUGCCUCCCAGAGCUAAUGCAAGUUGCCAGGUUGCUCUCCUUGGCCUUCGGUCCCCGGUCCCCGAGAUCCACUCUCCUCCUCUGCGUGGCCCUCUGAAGGAAACUGGCCCCCCUUGAGGUCCUAGAAUUUGAGAGGUCCUUCGGAGCUGGCCUUCAGGAACCCACAUAAAUGUUGCCUGCCUCUUCCCUGCUCAUGUUUCCUAGAAUCAGAAGUGACCAGGGCAAAUCAAACUCUGCCAGCCAGGCCUGCGAAAAGAUUCAUGUAUAUAUUUGUUUCCUUUCUGAAUUUCAACCCCCAAAAUAUUCCAGAAAAAAAAUAAAUGGAGGGAGGUUGGGCAGGAUUACCUU